GGAAGGGCUGAGAGUACAAAGUCCUGCACCAGACUACAAUCUAUCAGAGCAACUUUUCGUUCACUCCAGCCUCUUUCUUUGGGUUGUCUUUGAUGGUUGACAUUUUUCUGUUCCAUCUGCGUAAGGAUUUUUUUGUUUUUAUAUUGUAAAACUGCAUCCAAGCUUCCUGGCGUGCUGUGCCCUACCCCUUAAAAGUGGGCUUCCUUUUGAAUGAAUGCACCUCCUGCCACUUCCAGACUCAUAAUCUCUGACUCAUAAUCCAUUGUACAGCUGGGAAGUCUCAGACUGUCUGUCAGUCUGUUAUUCUCUCUCUCCCUCUCUCUCUCAGGUGCCAUGAGGCUGCAACACUGUCUCUCCUGGAGCCUCUCUUUGCUACCGCUGCUCUUGUUGUCUUGUGGGUACCAGUGCGUGUCGGUCCACUUCCAGACCCCGCAGCCGGUCAAUGUACUCCCAGCCGGACGUCUAGUUCUCCAGGUCCAGAUCGACCGCGGUCCCAAAGAAAAGAUCUCCAUGAUAACCUGGGAACGGGAGCCAGAGAACGCAAAGACUCCAGGGAAUCCUGGGAAGGUGACGUUGAUUACGUUCCCCGGUCAAGGAAAACGCUUGGACGGGCGUCUGAGUUUGGAGGAGCAGGGGUCAAUACUGAAGCUGGAGGGCUUUGGCGUGGCGGACAGCGGGGUGUACAUCGUGACCGUCACUGACCAGGCUGGCAUCAAGACCGCUGGACAGUGUACCGUCAAGGAGUACGAGGCUGUGCACCACCCCUCAGUGAGAGUGAACGUGUCCCACUCCUCCCUGUUCUGUGUGGAGACCUGGGGGACAGACCUUAAAUUCAGCUGGCUCCACGAGCGGGCAGCCAUCACCGAUGCUGUGGGACACGUGUCGCCUGAUGGGAAGACCCUGUUCGUCUCCUCUGCCCCCAUCUGCGGUCACUUCACCUGCAUGGUGAGCAACAAGCUGGGCCACAGCUCUGCCACCUACACAGCAGAGCCGUGUGAGAGAGAGGGCAAGAGGACCACGGUGGCGGUGGUCUCGCUCGUCAUCCUGCUGGUCUGUGGAGCAGCGCUCGCUUUUCUACUGUGGAGAGUUUCUGUUGGUUUCUGUUUAGGAGACACAGGCGAUACAGUAACAGAGGCGAGAGGCUUCAGGAGGAUUUUGAGGACAACUUGUAAUGGUGAACCAUUGAUUACAGUACCCAAGUACUUUCGCUACACUCCCCUACUCAAAGAUGGACUCAUAAAAGGACAGUAAGUGUACAAAACACUUUGGGAGGAGCUUCCUUCCCUGUGAGCAGCAUGACCUUUCAGUGCAUUGGAACAAUGUGGAGAGUGAACUGCUUGUUGGCCAAUUGACGAGUUCUAAAAAUGGAAAGAGCAACUUUUGGUCAGUGUGUUGCCUGUUUUUGUCGUAGCUAUCAUUUUUACACCGCCUCUCAUUGUACUGAACUACACAUGCUAUCAUUUCUACACCGCCUCUCAUUGUACUGAACUACACAUGCUAUCAUUUUUACACCGCCUCUCAUUGUACUGAACUACACAUGCUAUCAUUUCUACACCGCCUCUCAUUGUACUGAACUACACAUGCUAUCAUUUUUACACCGCCCCUCAUUGUACUGAACUACACAUGCUAUCAUUUUUACACCGCCUCUCAUUGUACUGAACUACACAUGCUAUCAUUUCUACACCGCCUCUCAUUGUACUGAACUACACAUGCUAUCAUUUUUACACCGCCCCUCAUUGUACUGAACUACACAUGCUAUCAUUUUUACACCGCCUCUCAUUGUACUGAACUACACAUGCUAUCAUUUCUACACCGCCUCUCAUUGUACUGAACUACACAUGCUAUCAUUUUUACACCGCCCCUCAUUGUACUGAACUACACUUGCUAUUGUUUUUAUAUAACGCUCUAAAAUAAUUUGUUUUAAAUUAAAAACAAUUCCUUGUUUUGUAACUUUUGUAUAUUAUAAACGUAUUGUAUAUUUAGCUGUGUAUUCUUUGUAAUAAAAAGCACAUUUUAAACUG